AUGUUCCACCUGAAGAAUCUCCUCUGCCCUUCCUGCCCAACGUUGGAAAUCUUCUUCAGCGUCACUGACUCACCGUAUUUGGAACAACUGCUGGUCGAAAUAGUUCGGAACUCCUCCGUUGCCGUAGAGAUUAUCACCGAUCCGCAGCUAUUUCAGGAUGUGUCCAGGAAACGCUGGUCCUUUGCAGUGCUUCUGCUGGAUCGAAUCCCAACUUUCAAGGAGUUCAUGCGGUAUGAUUCCGGGAUUCGCACGAUAGCUAUCGUGCGGGAUGAGCUGUUUGAGGAGUUGUUGGACGCUUUGAUAUACUUGGAUGUUUACCACGUGCUUUACUUGGUGUACGAUGCCGAACCGCCGAUAAGGUAUUACGAUCGCUUUCAGCGCAAGUUGUUUCGUUUUGACAAUGUGGACAUUGAUUUGUUCCGCGAGUCCGACAAGAAUAUGAUGGGAGCGAAGUUUGGUGUCCUGGAUGAUGAUCCGGACAAACGAGGACAGAGCGAGCAGAAGCUGCUGCUGUCGGUUCUGUCGGAUCCCUUCGACAGGUUCGUCUGGACAUCCAACUUUUGCUCGGUGUUUGGGUUGGCAUUGUUCGUCAAGUUUGUUCGGGAUCACAAGAUCAGAUGGACACGCGUUUGCGACCUGUUCGUGAAGCUGCUCGGAGUGGGAUUGAUGGGAUCGCUGAUCCAGCUUCGUAACGGCUCGGAACGAUUCACGGUGGGGCUGUACAUGCUGACCAGCAUCGUACUGGUGUCCGCCUAUCAAUCGCUGGUGAUUUCGUUCCUGCUGAGCACUCGGUACUACCCGGAGCUGGAUACUCUUCAGCAGGUCAACUCGACCUGUCGAUGGACCGAAUCCGAUGACAACUACCUCCUACGGGAUGCUGGAUUCCUUCACUACGGAGAGUGCAACGAUGACUUCCCCGACGAUGUCGAGCUCGCCGAGCAGAUCCAGUCGUACUACGAGCAAAAGUGCUGCAUGGAAUUGUCAGAAAAUAUUUAUGAAACGUACUUCCACGCGUUCGCCAAGCACUUUCGACUCUCCAAGCUGGUCACGCGUCAAAUUCCGGUGUUUGCUGGCCUGAACUCGAUCUCCCCCUUGCACGACACUGUGAGGUGGUUCGCUACGGUAUUCCAUGAAGCAAAUUUGUACUACUUCGUCGAGAAAGACGGCUACCAGGAUCCGACAGUUGCCAAACGCCACAAACUCGAAGUAUCCCCCGUUACAGUGCAAGACCUAUCGCUGGUUUGGAUUUUGUACAGCCUAGGGGUGGCAAUUUGGUUCCUGGUGCAGAUUUUUGAGGAUCCACGGUUCUUAUCGGUCUAG